CAGAACUGAGAUCCCUUCUUUACUAUCAGUGAUACACUUCUGAUAAAACUUCCCACUUUCUCAAAUUCUUCAGGUUUCUUUAAUUUUCCCAAGAAAAUCAUUUAAGUUAUACACGUAUUGAUAUCAACGUGAGAAAAUUCUGUGGUUUUAAUUAUUUCUUGAGAGUUUUUCUAUUGAAAUUAAUGGAAAAAUUGAAGGUUGUUGCAUUGUGUAUGAAGAUUUUUACAGUCAUUUUGGUUCUGAUGGUUCCAGUGUCAAUAGGACAAACAUUGAGUUCAAGUGAAAUCAGAAUUCUCUUCCAAGUUCAGAAGCUUCUUGAGUAUCCUCAGGUUCUUCAGGGAUGGACGAAUUGGACCAACUUCUGUUAUCUUCCUUAUUCUCCUUCUCUCAACAUUGUCUGCUUAAAUAAUCGAGUAACAGAAUUAACCAUUGUUGGAAACAAAAGCUCUCCCGCUCAUUUCUCAAAACUAAUUUCACAGAAAUUUUCACCAUCUCAACAAACCCUCUCUGCUAAUUUUGACAUUGAUGCCUUCUUCACUACUGUAACAAAGCUUUCUAAUUUGAAAGUGCUCUCACUCGUUUCCUUAGGGUUAUGGGGUUCGUUACCUUCCAAGAUCAGUAGAUUUUGGUCGCUUCAAUUGUUAAACAUCAGCUCAAAUUUUAUUUAUGGAGAGAUUCCUCAGGAGAUUACAUCAUUGAAAAAUCUUACAAGUCUUGUUUUGGCUGAUAAUUUGUUGAAUGGGAGUGUUCCAGAUCUCAAGAGAUUACAACUUCUCCAAGAACUGAAUCUGGGUGGCAACCACAUUGGUCCUAAAUUUCCUUCACUCGCCAACAAUGUCCAAAGAAUUAUACUGGGAAAUAAUUCUUUGAGAUCUAACAUUCCAUUAGGACUCAACAAGUUUGAUCAGCUGAAACACUUGGACAUUUCUUCCAAUAUGUUUUUUGGAGCAGCCCCAUCUUUCCUUUUCUCUCUUUCUUCAAUUGAAUAUCUCAGUUUGGCUAGAAACCAAUUGAGCGGAGUUCUUCCGCUGAACAUAUCGUGUAGUGCUAAGCUUAGCUUUCUAGAUAUUUCUCGCAACCUUUUCAUUGGAAAACUGCCUUCAUGUAUUGCAUCAAAUUCUUCUAACAGAAAUUUAACAGUUAUAAGUUCAUGGAAUUGUUUGUCUGAUGCGAACGCAAAACUUCAGCAUCCAUUUUCAUUUUGCCAUAAAGAAGCAGUGGCAGUGAAGCCUCCAGAUAAGAGUGAGAAGCAGGAAUCCAACACCAAACUAAGAGUAAUUCUGGGUAUCAUUGGAGGCAUAAUGGGAAUAGCAGCGGUUUUGGGCUUGCUGAUUUUGGUUAUCAGAAGAAGGUCAACAGAAAAAACUGGAGCUCAAGAUAGCAAAUAUGAGAGAUCUAUUGCUGAUAAAAUGUCUGUUCGUAGCUCAUCAAAACGAGCUAAUGAUUCAAGAAGAGUCCCUCAGACAAUGAGGUCAGCAGCAAUAGGGCUUCCCCCAUAUCGAGUUUUCAGUUUGGAGGAAAUAGAAGAUGCAACAAACAACUUUGACCCAAAAAAUUUAAUGGGUGAAGGAUCCCAGGGACAAGGAUCCCAGGGACAGCUGUACAAAGGUUGCCUUACAGAUGGUUCAAUAGUUUUGGUGAAAUGCAUAAAACUGAAGCAGAGGCAUCUACCGCAGAGCCUGGUGCAACAUAUGGAAGUACUGUCAAAGCUGAGGCAUCUUCAUUUAGUGAGUGUUCUAGGACAUUGCAUUGUUACUUACCAAGAUCAUCCCAACACAGCAAGCACUGUGUUUAUUGUCUUCGAGCACAUAUCAAAUGGAUCAUUACAUGAGUACCUAACAGACUCGAGGAAGAAGGAGCUGCUAAAAUGGCCACAAAGAAUGGCAAUUGUUAUUGGUGCUGCAAGAGGAAUUCAGUUCCUGCACACAGGAAUUGCACCUGGCAUUUUUGGGAACAAUUUGAAGAUUGACAACAUCUUGUUGGAUGAGGUUCUUACUGCAAAACUAAGUGGCUAUAACAUUCCAAUGCCAUCAAAUAAGAGAGGUUCAGAGAGCCCUCUGAAUGGACAAGAUGUCUCCAAUCACCUUGGAAGCAUGGAAGAUGCUGAAAAGGAAGAUGUUUAUCAGCUAGGUGUUAUCCUUAUCCAAGUUAUUACAGGAAAGCCGAUCAAAUCCACCCGUGAAUUGGAUGAGUUGAAGCUAGAGCUAGAGAAAUGCUUAGCAGAAUCUCCAUCAAAGUUACGGGGAGCAGCUGACCCCUCAGUCCGGGGCACUUAUGCAUAUGACUCAUUAAGAACGACAGUUGAAAUAACCAUGAACUGCCUUUGCAAGGAUUCCGCCAGGCGUCCAUCAAUAGAAGAUGCUUUAUGGAAUUUGCAGUAUUCAAUUCAAGUACAGGAAGGAUGGACCAGCAGCGGAAAUCUUAAUACCCAUAUCUAGUUCCUUCAUCACUUAUGCCAUUGUAACAUAUAUAUAUAUUUCAUGAAUUUGUACUACUAUGUCCUACAGUAAUCGUCAGUUUGACCCUUUUUUAUAUUAUUAAUUUUGGUUUUCCUUUUUUAA